UCCCGGCUGCAGCCCCAGGGCGCGGAGCGGGCGAGAGGCGGCCCCGGGGAGGCAGCAGCAGCCGCGGGGCGGGAAGUCGCUGCCCGGGCGGAGGAAGCGGCCGGGGCCGGAGCCGAGCCCGGCGAUGGCUGCAGCGGGGCCGGCGCAGCAGCUCCAGGUGGCGUUUGAGGACGUCGCUCUGUAUUUCACCCGGGAGGAGUGGGAGCUCCUAUCCCAGCCAGAGAAGCAGCUGUAUCAGGACCAGAUGCUGAGGAAUUACCAGGCCCUUGUUUACUUGGGCUGUUCAGAUUCCACACCAGACUUAAUCCACCGGAUCGAGCUAGGGGAGGCAGAGCUCUGGAUCUGGGAUGCCGAGGACUCCAGGGAAAGCUCAGGGCCUGAGAGCCCCUGCUCAAGGCCUGAGAGCCCCUCCUCAGCCAGGCUCGGGAUCCUGGGAGGAACGCAGGCACAGUCUGAGUGUGGGGAGAGCGCGGCAGGAAAGCAGGAUCCCACGGCCCGCAGGGGGAUCCAUGCACAGGACGCAGUCCAUCUCCAGGAUAAACUCAGCCAGAGACCAGAUGUGGCUACACAACAGAGACUCCCCAGGGGCCGGCGCCUCCACCAUUGCAUCAACUGCAGCAAGAGGUUCAGCAACCCCUCCGCACUGAACCAGCAUCGGUGCAUGCACCCCAGGGAGCAACGGUAUCGCUGUGCUGACUGCGGCAAGGGCUUUGCACACAGCUCAAGCCUGAUAAUACACCGGCGCACACACACUGGGGAGCGGCCGCACCACUGUGCUGAGUGUGGCAAGGGCUUUGCACAGUUUGCACACCUGAAAACACACCAGCGCACACACACUAAGGAGCGGCCAUACUGCUGUGCUGACUGUGGCAAAGGCUUUGCACACAGCACAAGCCUGAGAGUACAUCAACGCACACACACCGGGGAGCGGCCAUACUGCUGCACCGACUGCGGCAAGAGCUUUGUACAGUUCGCACACCUGACAGCACACCAGCGCACACACACUGGGGAGCGACCGCACUGCUGUGCUGACUGUGGCAAGGGCUUUGCACAGAUCUCAGUGCUGAGAAUGCAUGAGCGCACUCACUCAGGGGAGCGACCGCACCACUGUGCUGACUGCGGCAAGGGCUUCGCACAGAUCUCAGUGCUGAGAAUGCAUGAGCGCACUCACUCAGGGGAGCGACCGCACCGCUGUGCUGACUGCGGCAAGGGCUUUGCACAGAUCUCACAGCUGAGAAGUCACCAGCGCACGCACACCGGGGAGCGGCCACACCACUGCACCAUCUGUGGCAAGAGCUUUGCAGACAGCUCAAAACUGAGAAUACAUCAGCGCACCCACACCGGGGAGCGGCCGCACCGCUGUGCUGAGUGUGGCAAGGGCUUUGCACAGAUUGCGCACCUGAGAACACACCAGCGCACACACACUAAGGAGCGGCCAUACUGCUGUGCUGACUGUGGCAAAGGCUUUGCACACAGCACAAGCCUGAGAAGUCACCAGCGCACACACACCGGGGAGCGGCCGUACCGCUGCACCGACUGCGGCAAAAGCUUCGUACAGUUCCCACACCUGACAGCACACCAGCGCACACACACUGGGGAGCGGCCGUACAGCUGUGAUGUGUGUGGCAAGAGUUUCAUCCGUGCCAGCGUGCUGACCAAACACCAGCGCACACACACAGGGGAGCGGCCGCACUGCUGUGGCAGCUGUGGUAAGAAGUUCAGCAGUACCGACAGGCUGUCUCAGCACCUGCGCACCCACACCGGGGAGCGGCCGCAUCGCUGUGCUGACUGCGGGAAGGGCUUUGACUAUAUCUCAAACCUGAGAGCACACCAGCGCACGCACACCGGGGAGCGGCCGUACAGCUGUCCCAAUUGUGGCAAGAGCUUCAGCAGUUCCCAAGCAGUGACCAAACAUCAGACUGUGCACACCGGGAAGCGGCCAUUUGAAUGCACUGCCUGUGGCAAAAGCUUUGCACAACGCUCAUGCCUAAAAAUACACCAGCGCAUUCAUACCGGGGAGCAGCCUUACAGCUGUGCUUAUUGUGACAAAUGCUUUUCUCAUUUGGGCAACCUCACCCGGCACCAGGCCACUCACACCAACACCCUUGUGUCACUGCCAGGGCCUGAGGGGCUUCUGGCAGCCGAUGGGCAUGGCACAGUGCCGGCAGAUGCAGACCAGAAAGUGGUCCUCUCCCCAUGAUACCCAGCAGAGAGACUGUGUGGAGCAGGGAAGAGGACUUGGCUGAGUAGUGUGGGGAAGAGCAGACAGGUGGGUAGCUAUCCCAUGGAGCAUCUCUUCCUCUUCUGCCGCUAAGCGUUUUGAGAAGUGAAGAGGAGCUCGACAUUGAUCUCACCACCCAUAGUGGCUACGACACAAGAUUGCUUGUGGCAUUCACAGAGGUGCUUACCACAGUGGAACACUGCUUUUGGGCUUGGGAAACAAGCACUGAAUGGUGGGAUCACAUCGUCAUGCAUGUAUGGGAUAAGCAGUGGCUGCGGAACUUUCAGAUGAGGAAAGCCACUUUCGUGGGUCUGUGUGAUGAGCUCGCCCCAGCCCUGCAGUGCAAGGACACGAGAAUGAGAGCUGCCCUGCCCAUAGAGAAACACAUAGCGAUUGCACUGUGGAAUCUGGCUACUCCAGACAGCUACCGAUCAGUCGCUAACCAGUUCGGAUGGUAAAGUUGACCGUUAGACUUGUGUUGAUGGAAGUGUGCACGGCCGUUAAUCGCAUCCUGCUCAGAAGAACCAUGGCUCUGGGCAACAUGUGUGACAUUGUGGAUGGCUUUGCACAAAUGGGUUUCCCUAACAGUGGAGGGGUGAUAGAUGGCACACACAUUCCAAUUCUGGCACGAGACCAUCUAGCCUCCGAGUACAUUAAUCGCAAAGAAUAUUUCUCAAUGAUUCUCCAGGUGCUUGUGAAUCACCGUGGGCAUUUCACAGACAUUAAUGCAGGCUGAUCUAGAAAGGUUCAUGACAUGCAUCUUUCAGAACACUGGACUGUUCAGGAAGCUGGGACUUUCUUCUUGGACUAGAAGAUCACUGAAGGGGAAGUCGAAAUAUCCAUUGGGAUCCUAGGAGACCCUGCCUGCACCUUAAUGCCAUGGCUUAUGAAGCCAUACGCAGGGAGCCUUGACAGCAGCAAGGAGUGGUUCAGCAACAGGCUGAGCAAAUGCAGAAUGAUGGUUGAGUGUGAUUUUGGUAAUUUAAAGGCCUGCUAGUGCUGUCUGUAUGGGAAGCUGGACCUGGCCGAUGACAACAUUCCUGUGCUUAUAGCCGCUUGUUGUAACCUCCAUAAUAUUUGUGACGGUGUUAGGCCUGAAUAAAGAUAUAGCAGACAAAACCAGGUAUGCCAGCCUGACCAAAGUCAGACUGACAGAGGUUUCUGGGAAAUCCUUGAGUAGAAAAAAUACUGAGAAGCAGCAUGUCUCUCAGAGAGCUGGGAAAAAGUGAGAUAAGGGAGGGGCUGCAUUCCUGGCAUAGUACCAGCUGUGCUGUGUUAGGAACAGUUCCUUUGAAGAACUGAUAAGAAACCCCAGCUUUCACUUCCUGCUUCUGUUCUCUGUCUGUUUUUAACUCCCCUACAUUUCUAACCUUUGGUGCUUGUUAAGAUAUUAAUCACCUAAUGCUGUAAAACAUGUAUACUAAAGAUGUCUAGUUUCUAGUUGUUAGAAGAAGGAGGUGGGUUGCUCAAAUGAAUAAUCUAUGACGCGAUGGAACUGUCUAUAUAGGCUUAUACUAAGAUGUAAAGAGCUGGCUGGUUCUCUCUGGAGACAGGCUGCUAUUUAUUGUCGUGUGCACUCUUCAAUAAAGAGCUUUUGAUCGGA